ACGUUAGCCCAAUGUAGGCUAAACAGCAACAGGUCGGUUGGUUGGUCAACUAGACAAAACAAAAAACAAGCCGAAAAAGAAACUGUCAUGGAGGGCGCGACUUUUUCAAAGUACUCCUGGAUCGACUUCGUCUUCUCUGUGAUCGGAGCGUGCACCUUCCUGGUGGACUGGGGCUCGGACGUGUGGUUGGCCGCGGAGUUUUACCGCCGCGGGGACGUGACCUGGUUCUGGGUGCUGGUCGGCCUCAUGGCCCUGUCGUCCUUCGUGGUCCAGACGUUCAGCUGGUUCUGGUUCCAGUACGACCGAGAGCUGCCGGGGUUCCGCGCGCAGACCGAGGCGGCGGCCGUGCUCCUCGGGGACCGGGCGAAGCUCUCGUGCGCGGUGCACGUGCUGCAGCUGGGCUUCCUUUGCAGGCACAUCUCCGCCAUACGACAGGGCUUCCGGGUGUGGUGGCGCAAGGAGAAGGGGUCGGAGUACGCCAUAUACCAGACGCACGACCUCAGCAUGCUGCGGCUCAUCGAGACGUUCAGCGAGAGCGCCCCUCAGCUCACCCUCAUGAUCUACGUCAUGCUGCACACGCACAAGGCCAGGGCGGUUCAGUUCGUGAGCAUCGCUGCGUCGACCACUUCCAUCGCUUGGAUGGUGGUGGAUUACCACCGCUCCCUGCGCUCCUUCCUCCCGGACAAGGCCAAGCAGGGCUGGGGCUCCUCUUUGAUCUACUUCCUGUGGAACCUGCUGCUGAUCGCCCCGCGCGUGGCCGCCCUCGCCCUGUGCGCCUCGGUGCUGUCCGGGUACAUGGCCGCCCACUUCCUGAUGCUGUGGUCGGCGUUCGCACUGUGGGCCUGGCGACAGGGGACGCACUUCAUGGACAGCGUCGCCGGGGAGUGGCUGUACCGGGCCACCGUGGGGCUCAUCUGGUACUUCAGCUGGUUCAACGUGAAGGACGGUCAGACCCGAAGCCGGAGCGCCAUCUACCAUUCCUUCAUCAGCACCGACGGAGCGAUCCUGCUGGCGACGUGGUGGUGCCACAGGGACCCUGUGCAGACGCAGUCGUACGCCCUCGCUCUGCUCAUCGCCCUGCCUCUCUUCCACUUCCUUGGUCUGCUCUUCAAGGCCCUCUACUACUGCUGCUUCCACCCCAAGCUGUGGAGGCCCCCGGCGAGGGACCCAGGGCUCCCCAAUGAUCUGCCCGAUGCGCAGGUGUCCAUGAGAGACUUUCCCAUCCAGGACGGCGGCCUGUCCCCCAAGCUCCUCAACAAGCGGAUGGCCGGCCAGGUCGCCCGUUUCUACUCAGAUGAAUGAUUCUUUAGGAGCUCCAGUAACACAAAUGGAGCCUGCGAUGUCAAAUGUUUACUCACUGAUACGGUUUGCCUUCUUUGGCUGUGAUGGUCUGCAACAGUAUAUCUCUAGGCUGUUUCCUGUAUCUCAAUUACAGGCUGAAAAACAGCAUUUUAACCCAAAGCAAUAUGGAUUAAAUGGUUCCCAAUCAGUACACAUAUUGACACGUAGGAUUGAGCAAAUUCUCGGGGAGAACAUUUUUACUAGAAUAUUUGUACUAAUCCAGACACUUUAUUAUAUUACUGCAACUCUACCAAAAAUGCGCUACUUGAAUUGUGCCACAAUGUCCUAAUAUCACCACAAAUAUUAAAGAGGACGGUUUGAACUUUAUUUAAAAAAACCUACUGUAUGCAUUGUCAUAUGUACAGAAACAGGGCAAUUUGAUCCAUUUAAAGGGAAAUUUAAAGCUAUUUGAGACUUUUCUACGAAGCAAAUAGUAUUUUUUUAUCUUUACACAUGAAGUCAUGUGGAUAACUUUUUCAUUCAUAACCACAUAGUCAUAUGGGUUUGUUGUUGCUUCUGUGUGAAUGCCAUGUAUUUACAAACAAAUAAAUGAACAGAA